AUGGCUGACCCUCUCAGUAUUACUGCUAGUAUCGUAGGUAUUGUUGGCCCAGCCUUACACGCCACACGACUACUUCUACAAGAUCUACAGCAGCUCAAAGAUGCACCCAAAACCGUCAAGCGCCUGGUGGACGAUGUGCACUCUGUCACCACGACGCUCGAUUUGCUCCAAAGUAUAGAGGAGAGAGAAUGGGGCUCGCUUGGGGGAGGCGUAGCUAAGCAGGCAGAGACAACGAUCAGCAGCAGCACGCAAGCAUGCAACCUUUUCAGGGACGAUCUCCAGAAGUGGACUAGACAUUCAGAAGAUGGAAAGCUAGCAUGGCUGGACCGAGCAAAUGUGGGAUUCUUUAAGAAAGACCAAGUUAAAUUCAUGUCGGAGCAGCUUCAAAGCUGUAAGCUCGCCAUUAACCUCAUCGUCGGGGUUGCAACUUUGUACAGCUCUGUCCGCAAUACACACCUCACGGAGGAGAUAAAGAAGACAAUAUCUACAAGGCAGAAUGAGGUCAAAGGUGCCAUUACCACGGCGGAUAAGCAGCUUACAGUAUUAGAGAACAAGGUGGAGGAGAUGAAUCUCAGCGACGGUGAUGAGGAAGUGGCUACAGCAGCAGAAGGCAAAACUGAUAUAUUACGACAACUUGAAGAGGAACUCAAAGGUGUGAAAGCGUCGCAGAAAUUGCUAGGUGAGCUGCUGUCGAAGUCGCAGGAAGAGGCUGUUGCGAGAGCAGCGAAACCCCAGAGCAGUUCAAUUACAGCGACAUUCGGGGCGCAGAACUCGGGCUUUCAAGUUGGGAACAUCAACGGUGGAGUAAGUGGAAUCAAAUUUGGAGGAAAGUAA